UCCGCAUUUUGGGUCUGUAAGGUGGGGGAGGGGGGCGAGGCGGGUGCAGUUGCUCUCACCUGCUUGCCCCGGCUCGAUCCCAGCUCGGAGCAGCGGCGGCGCGGGCUUCCGCUGUCCGCUGGCUGAGGACCUUCCGCUCCCCCUCGGUCCCGCGCGGGCUCCGAAUCCUGUCCGCGGCAGGGGCCAGCGGCCCCUCCCCUCCCCUCCGAGGAUAGAAGAUGAGCUUCCUCUUUAGUAGCCGCUCUUCUAAAACAUUCAAACCAAAGAAGAAUAUCCCUGAAGGAUCUCAUCAGUAUGAACUCUUAAAACAUGCAGAAGCAACUCUAGGAAGUGGGAAUCUGAGACAAGCUGUUAUGUUGCCAGAGGGAGAGGACCUCAAUGAAUGGAUUGCGGUUAACACUGUGGAUUUCUUCAACCAGAUCAACAUGUUAUAUGGAACUAUCACAGAAUUCUGCACUGAAGCAAGCUGUCCAGUCAUGUCUGCAGGUCCAAGAUAUGAAUAUCAUUGGGCAGAUGGUACUAAUAUUAAAAAGCCAAUCAAAUGUUCUGCACCAAAAUACAUUGACUAUUUGAUGACUUGGGUUCAGGAUCGAGUUAAUGUUUAUAAGGGUGUCCCAUUUCCUAAAAACUUCAUGUCUGUGGCAAAGACCAUUCUAAAGCGUCUGUUCAGGGUUUAUGCCCAUAUUUAUCACCAGCACUUUGAUUCUGUGAUGCAGCUGCAGGAGGAGGCCCACCUCAACACCUCCUUUAAGCACUUUAUUUUCUUUGUUCAGGAGUUUAAUCUGAUUGAUAGGCGUGAGUUGGCACCUCUUCAGGAAUUAAUUGAGAAGCUUGGAUCGAAAGACAGAUAAAUUUUUCUUCUAGAACAGUUACCCUCUUGCUUCAUCUAUUGCUAAAGCUAUCUCGUUGCUUUCUGUUAUAGACUAGUGAUACAAACUUUAAGAAAACAAGAUAAAAAGACACCUAUUGUCUGUGUCUACUGAUAAAAUUGUCCCAAAGGUAGGUUGGCCUAAUACCUCCAGAGUGAGAAAUUCAGGACACAGCUGAAUCUGAGGCACUGUGUGACCACUGCAGUUACUGCCAUAGAGCCAUACUUGGUUGUAGAAUGUGAGGACUAACCUGUAGUUUAUUAAUUUACUUAUUCUUUUACUGAAGAAGAUGAUUGACUCUGUUUCAGGUGACAGCAUGAUGGAUAUUAAGAAUUUCCAAUAAUUUAUUAUCAGGUUUCCAGAACAAAUUUCCUAAUAAUGCAAUCACAGAUCAGUUUUAUUCUGCUUUUAUUUUACAAAUAGAAGAGGUGUUCUAAAAUUUCCUUAAGAUUUAGAACAUUUGUGUCACUUUGGAUAACCUUGUAGUUUGAAGUUUGUAUGCUAGUGUUUUUAUAGGUAAGAUUAUAUAUAUGUAUAUUUUUUCAAAAUCCAUGAUUGCAGUUUAAAUCAUCAUAUGACAUGUGGUAUGGGAGUAACCAAAGUUAUUUCUAAAAGGACUUUAUUUUUUAAUCUUUAUUUUAAUCUUUAUUUGGGAUUUUAUUCACAUAAACCUAUCUAAAUUUUUAGUAUGUGUGUAUCAAAUAAUUUUUUUAAGGCAUCUAAGGAUCGUCUUGCAGAUUUUUAUUUUGAAAUGCUUCAUUCAGAUUAAUUUUAAUAUGUAGGUUUUGGCUGAGAAAAGGAAAACUUCCAAAAAAUUAUGACAAAUUUGGGUCUCAAAAACCAUUAUUUUCAUUCAUAUUUGUUUCAGAGGCCUUAAAAUUUAGAUAGGAGAAUGGAAGAAAGUACUCAGAGUACUUGACUAUUUUAUUUUGAGUUUUCCUUUAAAAAGAAACUACUUUUAUACGUUUUUAUUGUGACUUGAGACUUAGUUAAGUGUAGUGUAGAAAUGCACGAACCUUAUCCCAAUAAGGGUAAAACGUAAGGAAAACCACAAUAAAAAACCUUGAAGGUGUACACAUUUUAUAACCCAGCUAAAAGUUUGAUGUGCUGCCUGUUCUUUAAUGUGUGUAUGUGUGUUGGGUGAGGGGGGGUAAUAUGUUUAAAGGAGACAAAAUGGGAUAAGUAAAAAAAAAAAAAAAGAAAA